AUGGAGGACGUGCUGCCCUCGGGCCUGCUGGAGAUCUGCUUGCUGGUCGGUGUGCCCAGGGAGCGGGUGAGGGCGCUCCUCCAGGGUCCUCAAAGAAAACCCAAAAGUCUUCCCCUUGAUCCAGAACUUCUUUCGGUGUUUGUGCCUCCAUUUAUCAGCAGAGAUGAUAUUCAGGUGAUUAAUGCUGGUAAUAAUGUGAAUAAAAGUAAACGCCGGUCCUUCCGAAAGAAAAAAGAGAGACCAAAGAUUGAAAAUGUCAAGAGUCUCAAUGGGGAGCAGAAAGCACCUGACACUGAAGAUAUUACAGUUCCGAAGGACAUCGAUCUUAUUGGUUUGCCACAGCUAUGCUUCCCAGGAGGACUUUAUGUAACUUCUGAAUCAAAAGAGGACCACAUUCAUUUCCUGGUCUUCACAGAUGUCUAUGGUAACAGAACAUACGGUGUUGUUGCACAGUACUACCAGCCUAUGCAAGAUGGCUGUAUUUCCUCGAAUGGGCAGGCCCAUUGGGAAUCUGCACAGACUGGGAAGAUGCCUGUCUGUUUUGUACCGUUUGCUAUUUGUGUUAUAUCCAGAUAUCCAUAUUUUAAUGCCCUCAAGGAUUGUCUCUCUUGCUUACUAGUGCAACUGCGACCUUUCAAGGAUUUAGAUGCUGAGGAGCACAUAAAAGAAUUUGCAGCAAAGUUAUUUUUAAUACCCAGCCCGCCACCAGGACCACUCCACUUGGUAUUUAAUAUGAAACCACUUCAAAUAAUAAUUCCUUCACGAGAGGAUCCGGACAGUCCAAUUAUUGACUUGGAUCUUCAUCUUCCGUUGCUGUGUUUCAAGCCAGAGCAGGUGCUGCAGAUUAUGACCUGUAUUUUGACUGAGCAGAGAAUAGUUUUCUUCUCUUCUGAUUGGGCUCUGUUGACACUCGUUGCUGAAUGCUUCAUGUUGUACCUUCAUCCUCUUCAGUGGCAACACACUUUUGUGCCUAUUCUGUCUCGUCAAAUGCUGGAUUUCGUCAUGGCCCCAACAUCUUUUCUUAUGGGAUGUCAUAUUGAUCAUUUUGAAGUAGUUAGCAUGGAAACUGAAGAUUUAAUUCUAAUCAAUAUAGAUAAUGGAGAUAUUACACAUUCAAAAAUGGCUGAAGAGGAACCUGAAAUUCCAGAUGUUCCAGCACAAGCAGCGGAAACUUUCAUAAAAAGAGUGGAGGGUCUUCAGCUGCAUUAUGAUCUAGAGCUCUGCCGUCUCCGAGCCAGCACAGAUCUUAGUGAACUCCAAAUGCAUAGAAGGGCUUGGCAACAGAAACUGAAUACAGAAGUUCAGCAAAUGACUUUGCAGUUAAUUGUUAAUAUCUUCAGGGAGGUAAAAGACCAUCUAAAUUACGAACACAGAGUGUUUAACAGUGAGGAAUUUCUGAAAACAAGGGCAAUCGGAGACCAGCCAUUUUACAAAAAGGUUUUGGAGACCUACAUGUUUCACUCUUUUCUUAAAGCUCGUCUGAACAGAAAGAUGGAUGCUUUCGCUCGACUUGAGUUGAGUACCCAGUCUGAAGAGGAUAGAUUAAACUUGAUGUUUCAUACCCCGAGAAGACUGACUAUGGAGAAAAUGGCUUCUAAACAAUUUAAUCCACAGUACAUGAUUAGUAGGCGUAUGGUAAUCAGUAUGCCUGAUCUGCAAGAUAUCAAGCUGCUGGAGGGCCCUACUAGAAAUUCCUCACUUCGAAGAAUAGAAACAGGCAUUGCUGUGAAAAUGCCCUCCAAAUCAGUCAGUACAUUCAAAAUCCCAGAAAUUCACUUUCCUCUGAUGUUCCAGUGUGUUCACUCCUACUAUGCAGACUUCUUCAACCAUCUCAGCAAAGCUAUAAAUACCUUGCCACCUGAUAACUCAGCAUUGCUGGCAAGGUACUUCUACCUCCGAGGACUUAUUAGCUUGAUGCAAGGGAAACUACUAAAUGCGCUUUCUGACUUUCAGAACCUAGAUAAAACAGACUUAAGAAUUUUCCCUACUGAUCUUGUAAGAAAAAUAGUGGAAACGAUGCCUCCUUCUGAGCGUUCGCAAGCAGACCGCAAACCUGAGCUGAAGAAGCUGAUAAGUCGAGUGAUGGAAAAACAAAGAGAAGUUAUGAAAAUAGAUGACCAUGUAAAAAAUUUUGAAUUGCCAAAAACACAUAUGCAACUGGAUGAUUUUGUGAAGCGAAUCCAGGAAUCUGGGAUUGUCAAAGAUAUAGACACUAUACAUCGGUUAUUUGAUGCCCUAACAGUAGGACAUCAGAAACAAAUUGAUCCUGAAACAUUCAGAGAUUUCUACAACUACUGGAAAGAAACUGAAGCAGAAGCUCAAGAGGUGAAUCUGCCACCAACAGUAAUAGAGCAUCUAGAUAAAAAUGAAUGUGUCUACAAGUUAUCCUGCUCAGUUAAAACUAACUAUGGUGUAGGAAAAAUAGCUCUGACCCAAAAGCGCUUGUUCCUUUUGACUGAAGGAGGACGUCCUGGCUAUGUCCAGAUUGCUGCUUUCAGGGAUAUAGAGGAUGUUAAAAGCACGACUGUAGCUUUCCUUCUUUUGAGAAUACCUACUCUGAGGAUUAAAACACUAUCUAAAAAAGAAGUCUUUGAAGCUAACCUUAAAACUGAGUGUGAUCUCUGGUACCUGAUAGUGAAAGAAAUGUGGGCUGGAAAGAAAAUGGCGGAUGAUCACAAGGAUCCUCAGUAUAUUCAGCAAGCACUGACAAAUGUUCUCCUGAUGGAUGCUGUGGUUGGUGCCCUGCAGUCCUCCAAAACCAUAUAUGCAGCCUCUAAACUGUCUUAUUUUGACAGGAUGAAAAAUGAAGUGCCUAUGAUGGUCCCCAAAACAACUUCAGAGACAUUAAAGCACAAGAUCAACCCCUCAGCUGGUGAGACAUUUCCACAGGCAAUAGAUGUCUUGCUUUAUGUGCCAGGGCAUCUUGACCCUUCAGAAAGACCUGGCAAUGCUCAUCCGAAACUAUGGUGUGCUUUAAAUGAGGGGAAAGUGGUGGUCUUUGAUGCAUCUACCUGGUCUAUUCAACAACACUGUUUCAAAAUGGGCCGCUCUAAACUGACUUGUAUGAUCAUGGUAGAACAGAGUCAAGUGUGGAUCGGUUCUCAAGACUCCAUUAUUUAUAUAAUCAACACCCACAGUAUGUCUUGCAAUAAGCAACUAAAUGAUCAUCGUUCUGAUGUUACAGACAUCAUUGUGGAGAAGAAGAAUGGAAUACCCAGUGAAGCGUACUCAAGCAGUUUAGAUGGAACAGUGAUUGUUUGGAACAUCAGCACUUUGAAAGUUAACCGCGUCUUUCAGCUGCCUUGCCAAAAUCUCACUUCUAUCAAGCUUCAUAAUGACCAACUGUGGUGCUGUACUGGAAGUUGCAUACUUGUAGUGUCAACUCAUGAAUUUCAACUACAGAUGAAAAUUGAGCAUCACCUGAAGAAUGCGUGUUCCUAUUUUCUCUGCUUCCAGCUCUUUCCUGAGAGAGAUGAAGUGUGGGUGUCGUAUUCAGGGAGUAGUGACCUGUAUAUUUGGAAUACCAAAGACUUUUCAAGUACACCUCAAAAGAUUCAUCUUCAAGAUUGCUCUGAGAUUACUUGUAUGAUAAGAGUUAAAAAUCAGCUGUGGGUUGGCAGCAGUGGAAGAUCGCAAGGCAAAAGCAAAGGGAAGAUCUAUGUGAUCAGUGCUGAGAAGAAGAGUGUGGAGAAAGAGUUAGUUGGUCAUGCCGAUACAGUAAAGGCGCUGUGCUCAGCAGAGGACAGAUACGUCCUCAGCGGCUCUGGAAAGGAGGAAGGGAAGAUUGCCAUUUGGAAAGCUGAAUAGUUAAGCUAUUCAAAAUAUGUCUACCUGUGCCGGAAAAAAGUGAAGACCUCAGGCUGUGUUUACUCCAGAAUUUUGCAUAUAUUUCAACCACCUGUCAGUGUUAUUGUUUUGUAUUUAUUGAAUUAUUUUAGUCCCUACAUUGUUGUAGAAAAUUGAAAUAGAAGUGAAUCUCUCCUCGCACCUUGUACUGCUCCUGCAGGUUUGACAAAGAAACGGAAAUGUGAAUAGAGGAGUCGCUGGCUUUAAACUUGACAUGUGAUGUUGUGAAGGGUCAGGGUUAUAGGCCAGACUGCGUGGUGCAGAUUGCAUUGAGAGAGCCGAAGCCAGCUCAAUAAUUCCACUGGAGCUCUUUUUGGGCAGUGCAUGGGUUGCCUGAAAAGUGGGAUUCUGUACUGUCUUUACAGCCUGUAACAACUGGAAAUGGUCACUGACAAGAAAAAAAACUAGUGCAUUUGUUGGAUUUAUGGGGUUACUGUAAAUGCUGAGUAUCCUUCUGAACUAGCAGCUAGAUUUAGCUGGGAAGACUGUCCAUUACCCCGUAUGGAUAUUUAUGGUGCUGUGUUAUUUAAAAUGUAGACACAGACAGGCUCUCCCUGAUAGCACUGAAAGCUUCCUGCUGGUGAAACAAGAUACUUGGAUAUUCUUAAUGACUGUUUUACUUUUUAAACUUGUUUUUCCUUUAAAACCACUGUACAGCACUUGGCAUUUGUAACAGUUUGUGAAACUGAUGGUUUGUUUUUUUUUUUUUUCAUCUGAAGCACUUAAUUUAAUUUCCGUAUAUAUUAUACUUGCUUUUGGAAGCAACCUUUCAGUUGCUGUGCAAACAAACCUCUGCCCCUCCUCCCUUCAGUUGCUGUUCCUGUAAUCAGAGGAACUGCUGUUAUUUUGUGUAGAACCUGCUUAAUUUUUAAGUACUGCAGAGUCGUCAAACCACUCCUUAGUUACUGAAGCGAGCAUCAUCGGAUUGCAGUCUAGAGGAUUCUCUUGAGCAGCGUUCCCUAAUCGCUUCCUGAUGUACAUCAUUGUUCUUUCCAUUGAUGACAACUACCUACAAGUAAAACAAUAGAUCUAUGCAGAAUAGUUUCAUCUGUAUCAGUGCUGAGUAAGGUGGAAUACAAUAUUUAAAAUAUUGUAAACAGAAGGAAAAAAUGGGCUGCUACUUUUGUUAAUAAAUAUAAAACAGUGUAGGCCUAAUAGAAUUGUAAACUACUGGAAAUAUACUCCAUGUAAUAUUUCUAACUCUUUCAAUGUGCUGAUGAAAGAUUUUAUCAUAAGAUGGUAACUGAAAUUUUACCU